AUGGGUGCGCACUACAGCGAAUCCCCGCCUGGACCUACCCACGACACCUCACAUAGCGGGCAUGUGCAGGGCCCACCUCGCAAGAAAAUGCGAAAGGGUACCAAGAGCUGCCUAGAGUGCAGAAGACGCAAGAUCAAAUGCACCUUCGAACCUGGAAGUACUGCUGUCUGCAAGGAGUGCUACGCAAGAGGGUCUACUUGCAUUGAUCAGGAACAUGGCGACCUUCAAGCGGUCAAUUCAGUCGCUGCAACGGAUCAGGCAUACAGCCUGCGCGAGAGAGUAACACAGUUAGAAGGCUUGGUUAAGGAAGUCCUUAAUCGACUGCCCUAUGGCGGCGACAGGAGCUCCUCUGCUAGCUCUUCCGCGGCUGCAGACACUCACAGUGCAGCAGUAGUUCUCAAAAGCCUUCGGAAUACUUCGACAGUCCCACCAGCAGAAACCCCCCUUCCCUUGCCGAGUGGCCUUCGAGAAGAUGCGCCAACCCUCAGCUUGUUCGACAAUGCUGUAUUCACGCGCAAAGACGACCCUCCGCAGAUCUCUCGAGAGCGGUACAACAAAAACAAGGCAUUGACGCAAGCUCUAACAGCUAUGCUCCCUGGCGCACGUGAGCUGGAUAUCAUCCUGGAUGUGUCCAAAAAUUGGUGGACUAUAUGGCGAAAGAUGUUUCCAGAAAUCACAGAUCGUCGUUGUAGCACGAUCAAAGAGUCCAUAUCACAUUCACUGCGUUCCGAGAACCCCGCUGAAGUCGCAAAGAUGAUUCUAUGCAUUGCCAUCAGCAUCGAUCAAUUGCCAAGUGAUUGGGAUUUCAGCCAACUGCACCUGGAUGGAUCCCCUCAGGAAUUGAUGGAACGAUACAUUGCAACCGUUGACCAGCUCAUAACUUCCGACGACGAAAUUGCCGGAACCGUCGAUGGGAUUGAAUGUAUGUGUUUGCAAGCCAAGUACUAUAUCAACAUUGGACGACCCAGAAGAGCGUGGCUCGUGUCCCGUCGAGCGAUCUCCUUCGCCCAACUUCUCGGACUCCACCGGCUGGCAUUGAUGAAACCCGCUCACCCAGAUCUGCAGCACACGCGACAAGUGUCACUCUGGGUACAUCUGUUCCAGGGAGAUCAGUAUCUUGCUUUGACGCUAGGCCUGCCGUUGAAUAUCCAAUCGCAGUUCUGCGAUCCUUGCAUUCCUGCCCUUGGUCAGCCAACAGAGCAUACAGAGGGUGAUGCCUUUCUGCUGCGCAUCUCUCCCAUCGUCGCCAAGAUUGCAGACAGAAACCAGAAUCCAACACUCGACUUCUCCUUGACGCUUCGACUUGAUCAGGAGAUGGACGAGCUCGCUCAAUCUGUUUCCAAAGACUGGUGGGGGAAGACUGACGCUCCCGCUCCCACACUUGAAGAACACUAUGACCGCCUUCACUCACAAUUCUACUUCCAUUUGGUCCGCAAACUGCUUCAUCUUCCUUUCAUGCUGAAAUCAUCAGCAGACAAACGUUACCAAUACUCACAUACCGCCGCUCUCGAUUCCUCCCGCGACAUGAUCCGAUUCUACGACGCCCUUCGAGGGAAUGAGACCGUUGGUCCCUUCAUCUGCAAACUGGUUGAUUUCCAGGCUUUCAGCGCGGCCAUGCUCAUCCUUCUUAACCUCUAUGGGUAUUCGUAUGGCUCUCAAAAAAAUGCAGAACAAGACCAGUCAGACUCCGCUCUGGUGGACACCACCAUCGAGCUACUUCGUGGUGCGUCCAAAGAAGCAGGCGGUAUAGUCGCUGCGCAGAGUUUGAAAGCUCUGGAAAUGAUUGCCGAAGCCAGGCAUGGCUGCAAUGAGGAACAUCAUGGCCAAACGGUUAAAGUGUCCAUCCCCUACUUUGGUACUGUGAGAGUGGGCGCAGGUAAGAACUUCCAUAUUCCGAAACCAGGCGUCUAUCCUCGAUCCGCUGCAAGACCGCGACAACAGAACUGCGGUCCAGCACCAGCACCCAGGGCGAAAGCACCCUCAAAUGCUGGUCUGCCAACUCCACCCUCAGCAACUGCGUCAACCUCUCCAGUUCCCCCUCCACCGUCCCUUCCCAAUGACCCCUCAUGCUCGUCUACCACCACAUCCCUGUUCCCAUCGCCAUACACUACAAAUAGCCUCUCUUACACCGACGUUUCCUCCCAGCCAGAACCCGCACGCAAUCAAAACAACCACGCCAACAACAACUUCGCCGACGACCCGUUCAUCAGCUUCGAUAGCUACAUGGCCGUCCCGCCGAUGGGGUUCGGAGGUAUGAACAUGGAUCAUUUCCAAACCGGCAUGACACCAGGAGUAGAGGCCGGCGGGCCGGAGAUGAUGAAUGGGAUGAAUAAUGGGUUCCCUUGGUUAGGUGCCGGGUUGGAUUUGGAUGCGGGAUGGAAUUGGUUCGGGACGGAGGGGGUGGCUUUCGGUAGUACCGGAAACGCUGACCCAUGA